UCACUGACUAGUACUUCAUCAUUUUACCCCUGACUGUUUUUCACGCAAUUUUUCUUUAAUAAGUCCUCGCAUUCCCUCAUUUUUCAACCAUGGCUGAUGCUGCAGUAGACACAACAACUACCACAGAGAUUAACACCAAGGAUCUGAAGGGGAAACAAGAAGCCGUUGAAGAAGUAAAAGAGGUUGAGAAAGAGAACGGUAGCGGAGACGCACCUGCCAAUGGAAACGGAGCAGCCAAUGGUGCUUCUCAUGAUGAAGAAACUCCAGCAAAUGAGGGAGAGGAGGAAGGAGAUGGGGAAAAGGCAGAGAAUGGUGCUGAGGAGCCAGCUGAUAGCCAUGCAGUGAAACGCCCAGCCGAGGAAGAGGAGUCAGCUGACACAAAGAAACAGAAGACAGAGAAUGGCGACUCCACAGAAGCAGAAGUGAAGGCCUAAAACCAUCAACACUCUUCAGUAGCACCACCUACAUGGUCAAUGUGACCUAGGAGAGUUUGUGCUUUUAUGUAUAUUUUUCAGGUUUAUUUUUGCUCUCAAGACAUUUAAUUGCACUUGAGCCCUGUAACACCUCUACCCUCUUUUUGUAAAAUGCUAUUUAUUGGUUCAGGAGCAAAAUUUAGGGCCCUUUUAUUAAAAAAAUAAAUAAAAAUAAUAAAAACUCUACUCUGUAAGUACAUUUUCAAAACACAUAUUCUACUCAGUUAUUAGACCAAUUAACACUCAGCCAAACAGAUGCAUAAAUUCUCAUGAUGAUCUUGUAUUCAUGGUUGAUUUCUCAUCUUCACUUAAGACCAAAGAUAAGUUUUAAGUAGGGGCUAAUGGACAAUAUCCAAUCCUUAUUUGUGCUGCUAGUAGAUAAGCCCUUGGCUGAUCUGUUAACACAACAGAUGGCCUAUAUGAAAGGAGUCUCUUUACUGCACCUAAUUGAAAAAAAGGUUGCCCACCCCCCACUUCUUGGCUAGCGUCUGUCAUGUUAAUUAACCCCUCUUAAACCUUAAUGUUAUGGUCAUUUGUUUCAUAUGAAUUUCAUGAAGACUGUACCUUUUAUUACAUAUGUGCAGUUUUUGCUUUGGAUUUUCAAUUUGUUUCAAUGGGAAUGCCAAUAACUUAAUAUGUAAACAGCGAGUAUUACAACAAUAUUGCAUCGGUGUUCUCACAGCACCUUCUCAAGCAAUUAUUUUUAUGAUUGUUAUUUGGUUUGUUAUUACCACUGCUUUGUAUAUUCUGGUUCUGGGUUAUGAAUAAAUCAGACUUGUCUUUUUGUUUUGGUGUACAGUGUUCAUGUGUGUUGACUC